AAGAACAGUAAAUUGAGAACAACACAGCAGUCACAUUUUCUGAAAUAUAACAAUAAUACAUUUUAUCUUACAGUUAAAAUAAAAACCGAAAUAACUAUAGAAUGGAAUGGAAUAGAACAAAACAGCUCAAUAAAUAAUAGCAAACAAGAAUGUACUAAACUUUGUAAUAUAAAGAAAGAGCAAAAUGUGCCAGUUCAAAAAACAAUAUCUCAUAGGAAUAAAAGUAUAGAACAUACUAAUAAAAAGCCAUAUUCUUGUAAUGAAUGUGGUAAGAGCUAUAAUAGGUUUAGUUCUUUGAAGAUACAUAAUAGAAUACAUACUAGUGAAAAGCCAUAUUCUUGUGAUGUAUGUGGUAAGACUUUCAGUCAAUUUGGCCAUUUGAGGACACAUAAUAGUAUACACAGCAGUGAAAAAACAUAUUCUUGUAAUGAAUGUGGUAAGGGCUUCCAUCGACCUGGUGAUUUGAAGAGACACAAUAGCACACAUACAAGUGAAAAACCAUAUAUUUGUAAUAUAUGUGGUAAGAGUUUUAUUCGACCUGAUAAAUUGAAGUUGCAUAGUAGAAUACAUACCAGUGAAAAACCAUAUUCUUGUGACGAUUGUGGUGUAAGUUUUAGUAAUUAUAGUAAUUUACGCAGACAUAAUAGAAUACAUACUGGUGAAAGACCAUAUUCAUGUAGUGAAUGUGGCAAGAGCUUUACUCAACAUGGCGCCUUACAAUCACAUAAUAGAAUGCACACUGGUGAAAAACCGUAUUUGUGUAAAGUUUGUGGUAAGAGUUUCAUUCGAUCUGGUGUUUUGAAGAUACAUUAUAGAAUACAUACCAGAGAAAAACCAUAUUCUUGUAGUACAUGCGGUAAGAGCUUCAUUCAAUCUGGUUCUUUGAAAAGGCACAAUAGAACACAUACUAGUGGAAAAUCAUACCCUUGUACCCAAUGUAGUAAGAGUUUCAGUCAAGAUUUUCAUUUGAAGACACAUGUUUACUAUAAACAUAGUGGUGAAAAACCAUAUUCUUGUAGUGAAUGUGGUAAAGUCUUCGAUCGAGCUAGCAAUUUGAAGAGACACAUUAAAACACAUACUGUUGAAAAGCCGUUACCAUGUGAUGUAGUAACAGUGUCAAUAAUUUGAAAUAAAUCAGGAAACAUGUUACAAUUCAUAGCGAUUAAAUGUAGUAUUUACAUAAAUGAUGUGCUAAGAAAUCAAAAUUAAUCUGUUGAUUUAACGAUAGACCGUAUUCUUGUUAUGUAUGUGGGAGAACUUCAAACAAUCUGGUGAUUUGAAGAAAUACUACAAAACCACAGUGAGCAAACUUAUGAUGUGAUGUUACACCGAGUAAUCCUCAAAAUUGCAAGUCAACUCGUCUUAAAAUUCGAAUACUAGCACAUGGGAUGGCUGUGAAGUCUUAGAUUGGCUCAAGCGGAAGAUCGUCCCUAGGCAUACAUAUUAUAUUAUGUGUGCCAGCAUAUGCCGAGCUUGAGCCAGUUUGCAGCUAAUGUGAAGUUUAUCAAUUUAUUUUUAUGUUCCAUGUUAAUAUAAUUAAGUAUUUAGCUGCAAAUAAAAUAUUUUAGUAUUACA